ACUGACAACUUCCUUGUUGAGGAAAUCCUAGUGAUUCGCUAUUGAUACGUCGUGGUACAGAAAAUCUAACGAUAACGUCCAUUACAAGUUACAAAAAACAUAGAUAUCGUUUAUUUUAUGAAUACCACCGAACAGUUACAACAUGACUGACAGUCCAGGAUUGCCAUCAGGUGAAGACCAGAAUUUAGAAAUACAGGGCUCUGUGACUGUGUGCAAUAUAGAAACAGAGGUGUGCCAAGAAGAAAAUGCUUUUAAUGACCAGCAUUUCUACUGUGAAACCUGCCAUAAACUGUAUUUAGAUCAAUGUGAUGAUCAUGGUCCACCGUUGUUCACCUAUGACUCUCCCACACCUAUGGGAGUUCCUCAGAGGGCUCUUCUCACUCUUCCUCAAGGCUUGGUCAUAGGUAGAUCGACAACUCCUGGGGCUGCACUAGGUGUUUUUAACCAGGGACAAAUUGUUCCUCUUGGAAUGCAUUUUGGGCCUUUUGAUGGAGAGAUCAGCAGCAUGGAAAAGGCACUAGAAAGUGCUUAUUCGUGGGUGAUAUGCAGAGGGGGUGACCAGUAUGAUUACAUUGAUGCAGAGAGGGACACUAAUUCAAACUGGAUGAGGUAUGUAGUUUGUUCAUGGAGUGAGAAUGAGCAAAACCUGGUGGCAUUUCAGCAAGGUGGGCGUAUUCUGUUCCGCUGCUGCCGCUCCAUCUAUCCCGGGCAAGAACUGAAAGUGUGGUAUGCAGAGGAGUACGCUCAAAGCCUCAGCACCACAUGGGAUAAAAUCUGGGACAAGAAGUGCACACCUAUAGGAAGAAAUGGUGAAGGAGCUUCACAGCUUUGUCUUUGUCCCUACUGUCCAUACUCCUUCCCAGCAGCUUUUUACCUUCACAGACAUGUCAGGCGCUCACACCCAGAGGAGUACCCACACCUGCUGGAAACCCAGGCUCUUGAGCCUAGUGACCAGACACCAGUUAUUAAUUUGGAUCAUUGCCUACUUGCUGCUGAUGCACCACCUCCGUCUCAAAUGCAGCAAAUGACAAAAUCCUUUCAGAGCCAAUUUCCAACCCUCACUGACCAAGCAGAGCAGUCAAACCCAACAGAUUUGCCACAUGCAAAUAGUAGUAAUUUGAUGAACAAAACGGACCAAAGUAAUGACACUGUUGUAGAGGUGUCAAGAAACAAAUGUGGUGAAUGUGGAAGAAUAUUUUUGCGGUCCUGCCACUUAAAAAGACAUCAACGCACAAUUCACUCAAAAGAAAAGCCUUAUUGCUGUAGCCAUUGUAGAAAAUGUUUUAGUCAGGCAACAGGGCUGAAGAGACACCAGCAGACCCACAAAGGUGAAAAAGAGAGAGCAAAAGGUGCACAACAAGCAGAGAAAGAGGAUGCUGUCUACCCAUGUACUGAGUGCUCCUUCUCUUUCAUAACCAAACUCAACCUCUAUAGACAUCUCAAAAGACAUCACCAUGGAGAGUAUCUAAAACUAGUUGAGAAUGAAUCUUUUAAUGCUGAGUCAGCAUUGCAAAAUGAAAACUCCUCAGACAAGCAUGACCCUCCCUAUGAACCACCAGCCAAGCUUCGAAGAUCAGAUUUAAACACUAGCAGGGCUGGGAAUCAAAAAAGGAAAGUACCUCUGGGCCGUCCUCGAGGUAGACCACCCAAAAUAAAAAAAAAACAUAUCCAGAAGCCAAUCAAGGACACAGUUCAAGAGGAGAAUCCAAACAAGUGUUCAGAGGCUGACCAGACAGCUACUGACCUUGAGAGUACAGCAGUUCCACAGUGGACUAAUGCAGGCAACAAACAGACACAGGAAACGCCACAAGAGACCUCCUCACAUGUUUGUGGAGAGUGCCUAAGAACCUUCAGCCACCUCCAUCUUCUGAAAAGUCAUGAAUGCAUUCAGCAGGGCGAUGGACCUCAUGGUUGCUCUCGCUGUGAACUCUAUUUCAACCGCCUGUGCAACCUGCGGCGACAUGAACGCACCAUCCAUGCCAAAGAGCGGCCCUACUGCUGCACACUGUGCCUUAAGUCCUUCACCCAGUCAUCGGGCCUGAAGCGUCAUCAGGAAAGUCACUCGCGGCACAGAGCCCAUCGUCAGAGCACAGCGCUGGCCAACGCCACUAUCUACCCCUGCACCCACUGCCCCUUCUCCUUUACAGGUGAGCGAUACCUGUACAAACACAUCCGCCGCCACCACCCAGAGAUGACGACAAAAUACCUGAGCUUUAAUGAGGGUGAUGUGCCAUCCAAGGAGCACAGCUGCACUCAAUGUUCUAAGACUUUUCAGACAAUUAGGGGUUUCAAGAACCAUGCCUGCUUUAGACAAGGGGACCAGCUGUACCUGUGUCCUGAUUGUGGUAAAGCCUUCAGCUGGUUUAACAGUUUAAAGCAGCACCAGCGCAUUCACACAGGAGUGAAACCAUAUGCGUGCUCACAGUGUGAUAAGAGUUUUGUGCACUCGGGACAACUGAAUGUUCAUAUGCGCACACACACCGGGGAGAAGCCAUUUCUUUGUGCUGAGUGUGGUGAGAGCUUUAGACAGUCAGGUGACCUGAGACGUCAUGAGCAGAAGCACUCUGGUGUGCGGCCAUGUCAGUGCCCUGAUUGUGGGAAAAGUUUUAGUAGGCCACAGAGUCUCAGGGCCCACCAGCAGCUUCACAAGGGCACCAAACUGUUCCCUUGCACACAGUGUGGUAAAAGUUUUGCCCGCCGUUACCACCUUACCCGGCAUCAUCAGAAAAUGCACUCUUGAUAACGUUAACCAAAACCAUGACUCUUGAAUCCAUUUAUCAUUGAUGAAAGUAAUUUCUGCUAUGACUUAGUUUUCUGUUGGAUAGGGUUCCUUUUCAUUUCUGCAUGAAGCCACAAGGAACCAAUAAUGGAACACUUAUUAAUUUCUGCAUUUGAUUGUGCCUUUCCAUUCCAGUCUAACAAUGGUUGUGUUGUCUAAUACGUAAGAAAGAAAUGCCAUGUCAGCAUAACCUGAAACAAUAGUUUGACUUGCUUUAAGAGGAUGAUUGAUUGAUUGAUUGAUUGAUUGAUUGAUUGAUUGAUUGAUUGAUUGAUUGAUUGAUUGAUUGAUGGUCAUUUAGCAAUGUAUUUGACAGUUAACAAAUGAUUGCAAAUGUGUGAAGGUUACCACAAACCUUUGCUUCCACUCAAGAAAAAUUUUUCACUAAGCAUAUUGACCCAAGAGUAUAUUUUAUAUACUUUAUAUCUAAAAGAGUAGUAGUAGAUGUACCUGGGCACAUUGUUUAUUUUUCUGGUGUUCCGGCUCUAAAAAGACAUUUUAAUAAAGCCUUUAAAAGUAAUACAUAGUAAGUUGGAAAUAAAUCAUAUGAUCAUACUUAAUAAAAGUUUGUGUUAAUACUAAACAUCUGCAGUUGUGAUGGACAAAUUACACGUGGUAAUUGCGAAAAAUUUAUUCUAAAAUAUCAAUGUAGAUGCACUCACUUUAGCUACACCUUUUAUGUAGUUAUGAACUCUGAUGGGUUUUAUAGUUUCAGACAGCCCCAAUUUUUCUGAUGACUCAGAUCUUCAUCUCAUUUAGUUUUCAAUGAACCUGUUUUCACAAAAAUACCAUUAUUCAUCCAAGACUGGAUGUACUAGUAUAAUAGGUAUAGGUUGUGUAGUAGUAAAGCAAUCAACACUACAGCCAUUUUGUGAAAAUAUUCAUGAGUUUUGUUUUGGUAAACGUCAGAGGCAGGAAACUAACCUCUGACAUUCAUCUUAAUUCACUAAUAUUACACAUCUCAUACUCAAGUUUCUAACUCUCUUAAUGGUCAUUUUGUGUUUGAGAAUUUUUCUCUUCAUGUUUUAGUGUCACUUUACACUUAAGGUUUUUUUUUUUAAGUUCAAUUUAAUUUCCUUUGUAAGUUAGUAAUAGACCUUCAUAUAUGCAUCAUAUGUAUUCAGCAUGUGCUUUUGUAGUUGACAAAUUUAAAAUCACAAGGGGGGAGAUAAUUGUACAGUAAAUAGUAAAAG